CGUCGCUGCGUGCCGGUACCCGCCGAUACCCGUCCUGGGGCGGCGGUUCCGCUGUCGGCGCUGCCCGUGACGGCGGAGUUGGAGCCGCUCCGAGGAGCCCCGUGGGUCCGCGUUGUGUGUAAGUGCUGUUCAUUAACCGCUGCCGGAGCUCCGUCCCGUGGGCAGUUCCGACAUUGCUCCGGCCGGGCUGAGCGGACCGGGGCUGCCCAGGGUCCCGUCGGGGCUGCGGGGGUCCCCGCGCUGAGCGCUGUCACUGAGCGCCGUUCUCCGGCCGCGUGUGCCGCUUUCGGGGCAUUUACCGCAGUAGAAUUGCUCGGAAGGGAUGAGGAAGGUUUGUCUGAAAGGCGGAUUUCAUUCUUUAACAGUUAGUCCCAAUCCGUGUGUAUUCAGAGAGCUUAAGGCCACUUUGAGAUAGGCUCGAAAGCAGAUAGCAGAAUCGGUGGAGCAGGGCGAGCGGUUCCGGGAGCUGAGCCCCGACUCCCCCCUUCCUGCUGGAGUUUCCCUGGCUGCGUUCCCUGAUGAGUUUCCGCCAUGCUCAGUUUCAUGGGGCAAGUUGGAGUGACGCGUGUGUAAAAGGCUCCAGGAACAAAACACGUGUGUGAGCUGAGCUCCCACUCAUGACAGCCUGCGUGGAUUCCCGGUUUGCCAACGAGGAGCAGCAGGUUGGUUCCCUCUUCCCUCGCAGAGGCCAAGUGAUGUUUUCAUUGCUGCUGCCUCUCUCAGCUCCUUCCCUAGAGCUUAUAAAUUCCAAGGGUAGCACUGUGUUCUGCUCCAAGUUGUCCUGGUGUUGUGCCCAGUUCUGGGCUCCUCACUUGAAGAAAGGCAGGGAUCACCUGGAGAGAUGCUGGCAGAGGGCCUGGGGGGUGAUGAGAGCCUGGAAGCAUCUCUAGUACCUAGUGAGGGAUAGGAGACCUGGGGCUGUUCAGCCCAGGGAAGAGAAGGCUGAAAGGGGAUCUCAUCACUGUUUAUAAAUGUCUGAAGUACAGGAAUCAAGUCAGUGGGGGUAGGCUCCUUUCAGUGGUGUGUAGCAGCAGAAUACAGGGCAAUGGGCACAAACUGGAACACGAGAAUUUGCAUAUUAACAAGGAAGAGUAUACAAGGAAAAGCUGUUAGAGUGACAGCACUGGAACAGGAAAACACUUUUGAGUUUUCCCCCUUUGUGUUGGCCUUACAGUCUCUCCCAUUAGCGUUUCAUCAAAGCUGUGGAUUAGUUCCAUUUUUAUCAACACACCCAGAGCAUUUUUCCUACAAGGGAAGGACUUUUGUUGCUGCCAUCUGUGGAUUCAUAAAUGCUUAUGUGAUACAGGAUUCUUUGCCAGAGUUAUAAGGGUUUCUUAUUACUUAACAGUGGACGUGAAAGCAAACAUGUCCUCUCCCAAAAAGGACAGUAGGAAGAGGAAAAGGAGAACUAUGUCUUGUGCUGCAGUCAUCUGUUCUUCGUUUCUUCUAAGCAGCUGCAAAACCAUUUGUGUUCCUUUCCCAAAUGUUAUUGCUGUACUCAGUCACAUUUUCUGUUCCCAAAUGUGAAAAGAUCUGUUCUUGAGUAAUAGCUUUCCUGAGUAUUUAUGGGAAACAUACUACUGAAGCUUGUCGUGUUUUACUGGAUGAGCAGUAAUUGCUGCUGAUAAGAUCUCAGAACAGUUUCCAUUCUGUUGUUCUGUUUUCACUCAGUGUUCUUAUCUCUGGACCUGUAAGAAUGAAAGCUUCAGAAGCUUGUAUUAAAGAGCAGUCAAUUACAUGUGUGGGAAUAGAAGUACAGUCCCUCUUCUGAACAGCACUGCAAGUUGGGUUAUGAGCUGGUUAUCCCAGCACUGACUGGCAUACCAAAGCAGUGAUUCAUUGUACAAAUACUCGUACUCUUAAAUAUUUUGAAGACAUCAACAUUCUGUGGGUAUCGUUUCCCUGUGUUUUAUUCUGGCUGACAGCAAGCAGAAAGCAGCUGCACUUCAGAAUCCUCCCAGUUUUUGAGAUGAAUUAUGUGAGGGAGUACAGCUUUGGUAACAUGCUUUGGGCUCCGCGUUCUUAGACGUAUAUGGCAUCCACAUGCAUUCAAAAGGUCAUUAAAUACUGUCUCGGCUAAUUACUUUAAAAGGUUAUGCCACAGUGGGCUUUCCUUGUGCUUUCUGCACCUUUAGCUCGUUUGUAUUAGCUUUAUUCCCCCACACUUCUCACAGAGCAGAUUUCUGGGGGGAUUGGGCAUUGCAGGGUUGUGAGUCCUAACAUUUAGCAAAGUAGCAGGGAAAUACUGUGCCCUUACUUUAAUUGGGACUGAUGUAAGCUUAUCAUAUUGUCAUCUUGUUACAGAAUCUCAGCACAGCUCGCCCUUCUGAGCUCAGUGAAAAUGAUGCCAAGAUUCCCUGCACUGCAUACCCUGUGGAUCCUUCUCUUUUCAUAUGCAACAGUGGAAGGCACUGUAUUGUAUCAAAGUGUGGAUAAGUUGCAUCAGAAAACAUGACAUAAAGGAACCACAGAAAAGGAGAAUUAUGGGAGGAAUAGAAUCAAAUUAGUUAUGGCUGCAGAACACAUGCAGGAAUUUGCCUGCUUUACUGACUAUACCAAAAAGCUGGUCUGCCACUGGAAGGUGCCUACACAGCUGAACUGCUCCAAAGAAUUCCUGCUCUACUACAGGAAGGAAUAUUUUCCUCCCGAACAAGUGUGUGUCCCUGAGAAUGGAGAAGAGCGUUUCAUGUGCACGUGUACAAUAUAUCCUGAUUAUUUUGUAUCAGGUCUCACCUAUAAGUUAGCUCUACAGUUCAAUGGCACCAGUAUGUGGAAUUCCAGUGUUACACCAGCCCAAGUUGUUAAACCAAGGGCUCCCAAAAAUCUCAUCGUUGAGAAAGCUGAAAAUGGUAAUUUCAAUCUGAGCUGGGAAGAGAACUAUGCUGCUUCAUCCAUGCUUUUUGGACAGCCAGUCAUCUAUGAAGUAAAAUACUGGAGCAAGCAGCACCCAGAAGAGGUUACUGUGACAUCAAUUAACUACCAGGCAAAAAGCUUUGAAAUCACUGCAAGCUCCUUGCAGAGAGGCUAUGAUUACAUUGUGAGUAUACGGUGUAACUAUACAGACUACCCAGCCUACUGGAGUGACUGGAGUGAUGGAGUUGAAUUUCACUAUGAUUAUCAAGUGACACUUGAGGACAUUCUGCACAUGGCUGUUCCUGUUUCUUGCAUCCUGAUCAUGGCAGUAGCUGUCAUUUGUUAUUUCUGUUUUACCAAAGUGAAGAAAGAAUGGUGGGAUCAAAUCCCAAACCCAGCAAAGAGCCAUUUGGUUGUAAAAAAUGUCAAGUUUUCAGUCUUGAGCUAUAUUGAUGACAUGAAGUUCCCUUUCUACGAUUCAAAGCAGAGUCAGAUGGGAAAGCAAAUAAGCUGCAAAAACUGUUUGGCUCAAAGUCUGUCAAGCCUAAACUUCAAGGAAAAAGAUAACAUCAAAAACACUGAGAAAUCUUGCAGUUGCUGCAGCAAGCCUGGAGAGUGGUUUCCAAAAGGCAUUAAUGCAGUUUUAACCCCUGAGACUGUUCUUGUUGAAGAGUCUGUAGAAAUCUGUGAACCUUUAACAGACAUUGAUGCUGAGGACCAGGAAAAAACCAGCGACCAGAUCACUGCAUUUGAGCCUGGUGAGUGCAGCCUCAGCACACUGAGGGAGCACACUGAACACAAUGAUGCACUAGCUGACAUGUUCAUGGAGCUCUUGGCAGAUGAAAAAAGCAUUCAAGGUGAUAAAGACCCAGACAUCGUUACAAGUGAAACCUUUCAGAAACUUGAGCCAGAAAAUCCUUCUCAAAAAAAUCCAGAAGAAAGUGCAGUCCAGAGUCAGAAGUCACCUGGUAUUUCUCAUGGAGUCUCUCCUUUUACUGAAGCCUUUCAGGAUGAGUACAAUGGCAGUACAACCAGCAGGAGGUCAGUGCAAUCAGAAGAAUCCUUUGAAUCUGGCUAUCGGAGCUCCAGCACAAAUUCUGCUUCUCUGGAUGCAAGAGAUAGUCCCUGUAAGCUUCAACAAAGCCUUUUGCCAUGCAGUUCUGAAAGUCAGCAUGACUCAUCUGUGCUUAUUUGGGAAUCUCUAAAUAAACCUGCCUUUGACAGAAUAAGCAGCCCUGCAUACAAGAACUUUGAUACCCUCAUAUCUCCUUCUGUGGAGCCCUGUGGUUCUGCAUACAAGAGCUUUCAUGCUGUAAUGUCUCCAUCUGUGGAGCCCUGUGGCUCUGCCUACAAGAGCGUGGACACCCUUACGUCUCCAUCUGUGGAGCCCUGUGGCUCUGGGUACAAGAGCUUUGAUGCCUUAAUGUCUCCAUCUGUGGAGCCCUGUGGCUCUGCAUACAAGAGCGUGGACACCCUUACGUCUCCAUCUGUGGAGCCCUGUGGCUCUGGGUACAAGAGCUUUGAUGCCUUAAUGUCUCAGUCUGUGACUAACAGUAGCUUGAAUAUGCACUUUGAAAAUAUGUGCUUGUUACCAUCUUUUACCCAGUCUUCAGAGGCACAUGCAGAUGAUGGAGUUUCAGCUUUCCUACCAGAGGAGGAAAUUCAUAAACAAGCAGUGUAUCAAAAUCUUCAAAAGGAAGACAGAGUGCUUUCUUGCCCUACUGGACCUCAGCCAUCUGGUUAUAAACCUUUUGAUGCUGCAGUUAAAUGUAGUGCUGCACACUUUGACAGUAGCAGUGAGGUUAUCUCAAAGUCACUGUAUGAACCCUUAGUUCAUCUUUUGUACAACAGCCUGGAAGAAACAGUUUCAGGUAACGUAACCCAUGAGCCUGACCAGAAGGUUGAUGAGUGUUUGACUGUACGGGACUUUGAUUCUGGCGUUGCCCCAGGUGUAGGCUCUAGUGAGAAAGUCACAUGCACUAGUGGCGAUCUGAGGAUGUUUGGAAAUACAGAGGAAGAUAAAGAGGUGGCAAACAGAAGGUGUAGCUCAGCAGCUAACUUACUUGAGGAAUCACUGGAUGGCAUUGGGCUAACAUUAAAAACUGCAGAAGAGCCCCUGGAACUUUUGGUCUCAGACAAAUUGUCGGCUGCUCUUUGUGUGGAUAACCCUCAUCUUUCUGAUUUUCACACCACUCACAGUGAGAGUUCUGGACUGGCACCUGCAGUUAAAAAAAGACCGUCAGAACUAUUAAGGGUAAACAACAGGAAGAAUGAGAAAAAAGUUGAACUUCUACAGGCUCAUGCCCAGGAGGACAGCUGUUACAUGAAGGUUGCCUAGCCAUGUUUGCCAGGGCAACCAAAACAUCCUUUGGAAAUAAACCAUAAGGCAAAUUGAUGUAAUGCUUUGUUAUUCCAGUCUUGCCUACAGUGACAGCUACUACAAUUCAGACGUGGAUUCACUGGGUUGUAAUGCUCAUGUCUGCUGCUGGACUGGCAGCUGGUAUAUGAGGCAGACCCCUAGAUACAGAAGGGGUUAGCAGCUAACAAAUGGAGCUACUGCACUCUCAGGGAGGCAAAGCCAGUGCUAAAGUUUCUCUGCUUGUGAUUGUUCUCUGAAAGUGAGCAGGAGAUGCAUCAAGUUGGAGUUCUUGUCCAGCACAGCUCCUGUGCUUGUUGCUCUGGUUCUGUAUGUUGCUUGGGAAGCACAAGAGGUGAUACAGGUGGUGCUGAUGCACCUGGAGGUGAGAUGGAGUCAUAGAAUGGUUUAGAUUCAGAGGGGCCUUUAAGAGGAAGUGACUGAUUUGCACUGAUUGCAUCACACCUUCAAAUAUUUAUUUACUGGGGAUUUCCUGUGUAUGUGGCACCAGAAUGUGGAAUGUUUCUAUAUUUGCUCAGUCAAGACCUGAAAUAAAGAUUAUCGUCAUUUGGUCUGAUGAAA